AUGUUUCUUACGCUCGUACAGGCAAAGUGUUUAUCAGUGAAUAGUGUAGCGGAAAAUUUUAUUCGAUAACAAUGCCCAAGCACAGAAAACGGAAAAUCAAAGAGUUCCAAAGCAGAAUUAGGAGGAAAAUAAGAAAAUUAGAACUAAUGUUGGAUAAAUUAUCCUCAAGUGAGUCAGACUCUUCUGAAAGCACACAGGAUACAUCAGAUUCACAAGAAUCAGUUUUAUCUGCACAAAGUCAGAGUGUUCAGCAAGUUUGCCAGCCGUCAGAUCUUCCCAACCAGCAAGAACAUCCGGAAUUCUCCAUUGAAGCCCUCCUUGGGUCAAGGCCACAAAAUGAAACAGAGGAAGGGGCAGAAAUAGCUCCUGAGUUGGCCGUACGGUGGGAGUCGUUCCUUUUAUGUGGUUUAGACAAAGAGGUUCGAAAAAAGUUACUAGAACAGUGGAUUGUGCCCCGAAACUGUGAAGGUUUACGGGUUCCAAGUCUAAACCCAGAGGUCCAGGCGCUAUUAGCUCCAAUAGACCUGAAAAAAAACAAGUUCAUAGAGAACCUCCAAGAAAUAAUAAGGAAAGCCGAAGGAAUAGCUCUUACAAAAAUCCUAGAACAUAGCAAUACUGAGCCUUCGAUCACCCAAGCCUUAGUGGAUUCCGGAAAAUUACUGACAGACAUGUUUCAUAAUAUUUCACUACACAGAAAGUAUCAACUCUACAAAUAUUUUAAUGAUGCUGUUGAAAAAAUUGCAUCUCAACAAAAAAUUGACACCUAUUUGUUGGGUUCCGACUUUACUGAAAAAUGCAAAUUAGCAAAAACAGUNCGGGCCCGGGGGCCCCUUUAG